AAUAUAAUCCCUUUGAAAAGUCCUAACCUUUUGCGCAAUUUCGGUUUAGAAGUUAUUACUCUCGCUUGUUUUGGAUCAAAGUCUCGAGAUUUUUGUUAGACUACUCUUCCCACAGUGGCAUGAUCUUUCCGAUAACUUAGCUUAAGGUCUUUGGAAAAGAGUUAUGGGGAGUUUUUGCUCCAAGAGCCUUGGGAUCAAUUUUGGCAGCGAGUAUUCAGGUUCAAGUGUGGCUGAUGAUGGUCGAGAACCAGAUUUUGGCCACCCACAACCAAAUGGACAAACCAGUUUGAUUGUUCCUGGUAUGAGGCAGCUUAUGGUUAAAGACGUUAAGGAACAAAACCAAUUAAAAGAUGUUUUCUCUUUCCGUGAAAGGGAAACUGAAGAUAAUUUCUAUGAUGGGAUUCCGACGUAUACCAUGGCUCCAUCACAGAAAAUCCGGUCUGCAAAAUCAACUCAAACCGCAGUUUCAAAGGUUACAGAGGCAAGUGUGCUUUUAGGCAAAGCGGGGUUAGGUAAAGCAAAGGAUGUUUUGGAUACCCUUGGGAGUAGCAUGACUGAUCUUAGCAGUGGUGGAUUUACUUCUGGAAUAGCAACUAAAGGCAAUGAACUCGGGAUCUUAUCUUUUGAAGUAGCAAAUACAAUUGUUAAAAGCUCAAAUCUCAUUGAUUCCCUUUCUAAGAGGAACAUCGAGUAUUUAAAAGAAACUGUCCUUUAUUCCGAGGGUGUUCAAAAUUUAGUCUCGAAUGAUUUCAAUGAACUCCUCAGACUUGUUGCAGCUGAUAAGAGGCAGGAGCUGCAAGUUUUCUCGGGAGAAGUGGUUCGGUUUGGAAACCGAUCCAAAGAUUUUCAGUGGCAUAAUUUACAGCGCUAUUUCGAUAGGAUUAGCAAAGAAUUAACUCCUCAAAGGCAAUUAGAGGAAGACGCGGUGUUGAUUGUUGAUCAACUGAUGGUUCUAGUGCAGUAUACUGCUGAACUAUACCAAGAACUCCAAGUAUUGUAUCGAUUGGAGAAAGACUAUGAGCAAAAGCGUCGAGAAGAAGAGAACUCAGCUAACAGCAGUAAGGGUGAUGGCCUUGCAAUCUUAAAAACGGAACUUAAAGCCCAGAGAAAGGUAGUGAAAAGCUUAAAGAAAAAGUCGUUGUGGUCCAGAGGUUUUGAAGAGGUGAUGGAGAAACUAGUAGACAUUGUACAUUUCUUGUUGCUAGAGAUUCAUAAUAUCUUCGGUGGUGCCGAUGAUCAACCAUCGAAGAAAGGAGCUGCAGAUUAUGAUAAAAGAUUGGGACCUGCUGGUCUUGCUUUACAUUAUGCAAAUAUAAUUGUGCAAAUUGAUACACUUGUCGCUCGUGCAAGCUCUAUAACUUCAAAUGCAAGGGAUUCUCUGUACCAAAGCUUGCCACCUGGUAUAAAAUUGGCUCUUCGUUCCAAGAUAAAAUCUUUCAAUGUCGAUAAGGAGCUUUCGGUUACACAAAUUAAGGACGAGAUGGAGAGGACACUGCAUUGGCUUGUCCCUGUUGCAGGCAAUACCACCAAAGCGCAUCAUGGUUUUGGCUGGGUUGGAGAGUGGGCAAAUACAGGGACUGAUUUCACUAGUAAGCCUAGUGGUGGAGAUAUACUACGUAUUGAAACACUCUAUCACGCUAGUAAAGAAAAGACAGAGAUCUACAUUCUUGGACAGAUAAUUUGGUUACAACAUUUGGUUACAAAAGCGAAGAGCGACGCUCGAGGAGUUCCUAGACUUUCUUCUAUCAAGUCUCCAUUGAAUACUACAAACCAGCAAAUAAUAUCUGAACCACUCAGUGUCCCAUUAGUAACAGAUGAGGAGCAAAAGCUGUUACAAGAGGCAAGCACAAGAAAGAGAACUCUAUGUGUUAGCAAGAGUCAGGAUUUUGAUUCUGAGUACUCGCGGGCAAGAAAGUGUGACCCUUUGAGCAAAAGCAGUGAGUAUUUUCGUGGAGUGAGAAGAAGCAAAUCAGCUGCAGUGAAGCGGUAUUCUUUGGGUUUUCCGCUUCUUGACUUUGCUAUUGACAAGGAAAAAGUGUUGGAUGUGAUAGAUCGGGUCGAUGUGCCAAGAGAUUAUAAAACAUUGUUAAAAGAAGGUAGCUUGAGCUUCUAAUGGAGAGUUGUGUGUUUUAUGGCCUCUGGUGAGGCCAAUGCACAAAACCGGCUUCUGAUUCAUACAUGUUUGGUUGUAUAUAAGAGCAUAAAAGAAAGGGUAUGGAAGGAGCUGUCAUGUGACGUAAUGUUGUUAGAUCAUUUGCAAUAUUUCAAUAUAGUGAUACAUUUUCA